AUGCCGAAACCCAAGUCCUUUUUGAAGGAAGCCAAGGGCAAGAAGAAGGCGGCCAAGCAGACACCCGUCACGGCAGAUGAAUUUUUAGCAGCCGGCGUCGAGCUAGAAGAGGCCGGCGAGAAAUGGCGGGCGGGCGACGCCGCCAAGUCGAUGCGCUUCUUCAUGCGGGCCAUCGCCAACUACGACGACGGCCUCCAGCGACACCCGGGAGCCUUUGAUCUAGCCUACAACAAGGCACGAGUUCAGUAUGAAAUUACCCAGCACCCCAAGCUGGCCGCUCAGCUACCCGCGCCACAGGGUGAGCUCUUGCAGAUCGCCCUGGAGUCGCAUCGCGGAGCCCUGAAACUGGAUCAGGACAACGCCGAUGUCCUGUUCAACACGGCGCAGGUACUCACCAGUCUAGCCGAGUCCAUGUCCGACUCCAAGCACCCGGGCGACGAGGCACUUGCGCAGGCGGGGACCUUACUGCAAGAGGCCAUCGAGCUCUUCCAGCGGUGCUUGAUGCUGCAGGAGAUGAAGUACUCGGAGAUGGAGGAGCAGGUUCAAGCCAUGGAAUCCAUGGGGAACCAGCCGGAGGAGCCAACGCCAUCGGCGGAGCCGGCCGACGCAGCUGAAGCAGAGCCAACCGAUGAGCCGCAAGAGCAAUGGGCCGCAAUCGUCGAACCCGUCACGAAAAACACGCUUGUGGACACGGCUGUGGCACAGCUCGACACAUUGACCGCCCUGUGCAACCUGCUGACGUUUAAUCCGGGGGAGGGAGGCAUUGGCUGGGUGGAGGAGUAUUCGUCGGGGCUCGUGCAGUCCCGACUCCCCCUGUAUGUUGAUGGAUCGGACCGCCAGUAUGAGGCUGCCUUGGCUCGGAGCAAACUCAUAUGCGCCAUGAACGAGGUGCUGUACCGGGGCGGACACAGCGAUGUCGACACUUAUCAGCAAGAGGUCGGGAAGGCCUUUGGGCCAGAUCUCGAUCUAUCGGCCGAUCCAGAAGGAUUGUGCGCCAAGGCAGACGCGCUUAUAUCUUUCAAUAGCGCACUAAACGAUGUCCCUCCAUCGGACCCCGAGUCGUUCAACAUGGCUCUAUCGGCCCGCUGGCAAUCACUGUCCGUCGCGCUGGACGCGUUGACGGCCGCUUCCAAGAUUCCAGACGCAGACAAUCUGCCCAAGAUCCAUCUCGCGCGGGGAGACGUCGAGAUGCACCGCUGGCAAUUGGGGAUGUCGCCCUGGAAAUAUGAAAUGGCACAGCAGAAUGGCGCCACCCUCUUGCGCAACGCUCAAACAUACUACCGAGGAGCGGCAGCUCUGGCUCGACGAGACGGGGCCAGCGAAGAGGAGCGUGAUGGGUCAUGCAAGGAGGCAAUUGCGGCAGCAGUGGAGGGACAAACGGCCAAGCUGGACCAGCUCAAGACAACCAGACUCAACGAGGUGGUGGCGGUAGCCCAGGACAUGGUGGAGGACGGAAUGGUAAACGGCACAGACAUGGCAUCCUUGGUCUCGUGA